GUUAAAGGAAUAUAUCCUACGAGAGAGAAACAAACCGUGAAGAAACACUGGCCAGCAAAAUGGCGGCGGGAAAGUGGUUCUGCUUCUCCCUAGCAUUCUCCCUGUUCGUCUUCACCCUUGGGAAUCCCGCCACUUGUACAGAAAAGGAGGGAAACUAUGACAGCGUCAGGCCAGUGCGGUGCACCCUUCCCGGGGGUGGGACUCUGUCUAACACCUUUACUACCUUCUCAUGGCAAAGACUGGAGAUGAUCGAUUACCAAACUGGGAUCCAGGCCAGCCAUUUUUCAGGAUUUUCGUCAGCUUCCACGGCUACAUUCGAUUCCUCUUACUCCCACUCGCUGACAAUCAACUGUAAAGCCGGCAUUUCUUCCUUCACCUUGGCUGCCAAUUCCUUCUCUCAGUUUCCAAACCUACAAGUGUUAGAGUUUGUAAAAUGCCCCAUCACGUCAAUUCCCGCGAACGCCUUUCCCGGACACUAUCUGGACCACCUGAUUUUUACUGGUGGAAAAAUUGACUCUGUAGAUGCCAAUGCAUUCAGUGGUCUCAACAUCAGCAAGCUGUCCAUCCCGGGUGCUGUUGGAGGUAUAACUAUCAACAGCGCUUUAACCGCGGGCCUUCCAGAAAAAGUGUUCGAUUCUUUGCAGUCUAUGGAAUAUCUUGCAAUUGAAGCCGCCUCGGUCAACACUAUCACAGUCGGCCAUGUUGGGAAUAUCACAAAUCUCCGGCAUCUAAGUCUCAGUGAGAAUCUUAUCACUAAUUUAACCAGUGGUAUAUUUACCAAUCUAAAGAGUCUGGCCUAUCUUGAUCUGAGGGAAAACAAAUUCACCUGUACCUGUACAGACCUUUGGUUCCUCAAAUAUGUUGCUGACAACUUCAUCACUAUGCUUGGAGGACCAGUGUGUGAUACUCCGGCCUCCCAUAACAAUAAAAGAGUGACUGUUUACGACUCAGAGAUUUGUGCGGUGGAAGAUGUUUGUGGGGAUACUGUUGGAAUUGCCAUGUCAGGCAACUGCAUACCGCUGUACCAGAUGAUGAGUUUUAUAAUGCUAAUCAUCAUCUUGAUCAUGUCCUGCGUGGCUCUUGGAUGCAUCUGUAAAUCUCGUAAAGAUCUCACGAGAAUUCAGAGAAGAAUGAAGAACAAACGUGCUAGUUCUUGGAAUAGGGUACAGGAGGCCAUGAAACAGAGAAGUGGAGCAAAACAAAAACCGCCAGUCGGAAAAAACGGAUGGGUGUGACAAUUGAAAACAAAGGUCAUUUACAAAAUGUUUCAAUAUAAAUAUGCAGAAAAACAUUAUAAGCACAACAUGGCUGUUUAUUUGGGGCAAUGGUGACAUUGUUAAUCAAGCUCGCUGGAUAUAUAUCUACAAUGUGCAUGUAUGAUUGUAUAAAGCUCGUUUCUUUAUUAAGCCACAAGGUUGUUAUUAUUUCCUGUUUUGUUUUUUCUGUAAUAAACCAUUUCAUGCUAAA